AUGGCUCCUGGAAAUGGCUCUCUCACUGUUGAAUUUAUCCUACUGGAAUUAACAGACAAACCAGAUCUCCAGCAGCCCCUUUUCUGCCUUUUUCUAGUAAUGUAUAUGCUCACGGAGUUGGGAAAUUUGUGCUUGAUAAUUCUAAUUUGGCAAAAUUCGCACCUUCACACCCCCAUGUACUUUUUCCUUUUUAACUUGUCUUUUAUAGACUUCUUUUAUUCUUAAGUAUUUACACCAAAAAUGUUGAUGAAUUUCUUACCAGAGAAAAAUAUUAUCUCCUACAUAGGGUGUCUGACCCAGUUCUGUUUUUUCUGUUUUUUUGCUAGUUCUGAAUACUAUUUGCUCACAUUAAUGACCUAUGAUCGCUUUGUGGCCAUCAGUACCCCACUUUUAUAUAAUGUCUCCAUGAACCCUAAAGUGUGUUCCAGUCUUAUGCUUGGUACAUACUUCGUGGCAUUCUGUGGUUCCAUGGCCCACACUGUAUACAUGCUGAGACUGACCUUCUGUGAUGCCAACACCAUCAACCAUUAUUUCUGUGACAUCCUCCCUCUCCUCCAGCUCUCCUGCACCAGCACGUACGUCAAUGAGCUGGUGGUGUUCAUUGUGGCGGGCAUCAACAUCUUUGUGCCCUGUCUCACCAUCUUUGUCUCCUAUGGUUUCAUCCUCUCCAGCAUCCUCCGCAUCAGCUCCACUGAGGGCAGGUCCAAAGCCUUCAGCACCUGCAGCUCCUACAUCAUUGCUGUUUCUUUGUUCUUUGGAUCAUUUACUUUUAUGUACCGCCAACCUUCUUCUGCUGGGUCCAUGAAUGUGGGAAAAAUCUCUUCUAUCUUUUAUACCAAUGUGGUCCUGAUGAUGAACCCUUUAAUUUAGAAUUUGAGGAACAAAGAUGUUAAACUUGCUCUGAGAAAAACUCUGAGUAGAAGAAAGUUUUGA